AUGCAGUUCCUGCCGAGUCUACUAUUCAUGCUGUCUGCGACACUGGUGCGCGGUACUGGAGAAUGGAGUGAAGAUGCCGAAGAUUUAGUAUCAACAGUGGACAUCGACGCGGUAUUGGGCAAGACAGCGUCAUUGCCAUGUGACGUCACUCCCGACGCGGUUGAAGACAGAGUUUACAUGGUGCUUUGGUUCAGAAAAAGUGGAGGGAAACCUAUUUACAGCUACGACGUCCGCGGGCGGUCCUUCAACAAGGCUCUUCAAUGGUCAGACCCUGGAGCUUUCGGUCCCCGCGCGUAUUUCGCAACUGUGGCGCAACCAGCUGCCUUGACCCUCAGUUCGGUGCAACUUGAUGAUGAAGGAGUGUACAGAUGUAGAGUUGACUUCAAAAACUCUCCAACUAGGAAUUUUCAGAUUCGCCUUACAGUUAUAGUGCCACCUCAUCAGAUGCUGUUGUAUGAUAAGUCCGGCGCUGACGUCUCUGGGGUUAUUGGACCAUUGGAGGAAGGAGCUGCUUUGGUACUCGUGUGCGAAGUUAGAGGAGGUCGUCCAGAACCAGUAGUAACCUGGUUAAUAGACAAUUUGCCGGCGCCUCAAUAUAUUGGUGUAAAGACCGACACUCAUGUGAUGGUGAAUCGGUUAGAGCUACAACAUUUGAAACGAGAAGAUCUGAAUACCACGUUUAAAUGUCGAGCGGCGAAUACCCAUUUAAUGCCACCGCAGGACAAGAGUGUGCGUCUUGAGAUGAACUUGGCACCGAUUUCUAUAUCAUUAGUGGACCGGCCUACCCAAUUGAUCGCCAACUCGGUGGCCUCACUACGAUGCGUCACCGAAGGGAGCAGACCUCCUGCUCGUAUCAUUUGGUUCAAGGCUGGCAAGCAGUUUGAUAAGAAUAAGGUGACAGAGUAUUCCAAUGAAACGUGGACUGUAAGCACUCUGACCUACGAGCCUGACCCUUCCGACAAUGGGGUCAUUGUGAAAUGUGCGGCAAGCAACGCUGCGCUGCCUUCCAGAACUGUCGAAGACCAGAUUGAGCUCAAUGUUGUAUACAGCCCACUGGUGACAUUAAGUCUUGGCAGCACGCUUAAUCCGAAUGAAAUCGAGGAGAGUGAUGACGUGUACUUUGAAUGCAACGUGCGGGCUAACCCUAAAGAAUAUCGGAUUACGUGGUUUCAUAAUGACAAACAAGUAACCCACAAUAUAUCAUCCGGAGUAAUAAUCAGCACGCGGUCACUCGUGCUACAGAAGGUGACUAGAAGAGAAGCAGGAGCAUAUACCUGCAAAGCGGCUAACGCUAGAGGAGAGACUGCCAGUGAGCUCGUCAAGUUGAGAGUCCAAUACGCUCCAGUAUGCGUAGACCCAUCGCCUCAAGUGGUAGGCGCUGCGAUAGACGAGGAACUUAACGUCCGGUGCGCUGUCCACGCUGAUCCUGGUGACGUCACCUUCCUUUGGCAGUUCAACAACAGCGGUGAAAGCUUUAAUGUGUCCCCUGCAAGAUAUGGUACAAUCAACGGAAGUACAAGUGAGCUUCGUUAUACGCCUGCCAGUGAAAGGGACUACGGUGCUCUCACGUGUCGAGGAUCCAAUGCAGUUGGCAGCCAAGCCCAACCUUGCGUCUUUCAAAUUGUUCCUGCAGCUCGUCCUUCGCCACCCCGAAAUUGUACAGUAUUCACUAGCAACGGUUCCAACUGGACUGAAGACUCAAGCCAUGAGGAAAUCGGGGAAUCGUUGAUUGUUCGUUGUGUAACAGGCUAUGACGGAGGACUACCGCAAUUAGUGGUGUUGGAAGCUGUCGACACAGUCUCUAAUAAUGUGAGGUUCAAUGUUACUGCUAAUGACACUGAUGGCGUAGCGGUCUUUCUGGUCCCUGCUGGAUUACUGUGGUUAAGUGGGAACAGCUUGCGAUUGACUGCUCAUUCCAAAAACGAUAAAGGAUCUUCCGAGAAGAUUAUGCUUUACGCUCUUGCUUACCAAGGCCCAGAGAAACGAACAGAUGGGAGCAACAGCCUUAUGGCGAGUGUAUCAAAACCUGCUUUCUGGGCGAUCAUCCUGACUGUGGCCGUUUGUUCCGGAGUCGCUAUUUUCACUGGAUAUUUUUUGCGGAGAAAAAGUGUCAAGCCACCAACGAAGCAACAAACCCCAGAAUUGCAAUUAAACGCUGGUGAUGGACAAUACGUGGUUGCAUACACGCUAAAACCUCCCAAGCAAGCACAGCCGGAUAUAUUAAAUCCGCCUCCUGACGGGAACCCUCCAAUGGCGAAGUGCGGCGUAGAGGCUGUCAAAAAUGGCCCUCUUCAAGCCGACGAGUGGACGCACAGCCCCAGCGAGCGCGCUCCGUUGCAUGCCAGCCAUGAACAGCGCGCAUUGCUAUCUCCACCGCGUUCAUCAAGUACUAAGCCUCCAACAACAAGUGGCAAUAUGACCAUAAGUAGAAGAGAACACCUCAUCGCAGAAGAAAUCCCUGGACCAGAAAGUUGUGUAUAGACAUAGGCUUAAAACUUUUGUAUAUAUUGACUGUCAAAAUUGUGAUAAAACUGUAUAUAGGAACUAUGAGUAAUUAUUAAAGUGAAUAAAUAAAGUUCUG